CAUUUGCAUCACGGACAACCUGGGGCGAGUAUCAAUCUUUUGCACCCAUCGCAAAGACUUUCCCACAUAUUUUGCCUCUGUUCGCCCUUCGGGCUUGUCGGAGAAAGAAACAGAGCGAGAGGAAAUCGAUCAACCGGAACCAAAAAACCCCGCACCUUCAGCUUCGCCGAAAAUCUGCCCUUAUCAUUCCGAGAUAUCCAAAAAUUCGCCAGACAGUGAGAUUCGAGAUUCUUUGCCACUUCACCAAGCGACUUUUGUGACCUUAAAUGGCCACACCACGUGUCCCGUGUCGUCUUAUCCCGGCCCCGAGUCCCACGAAGCCCAAUGACAAUUUGAAAGCGACGUCGCCGGAUUGAUCGGCAAUCGUAGAGUUGAAAUAAUAAAAAAGCUUGACGGGACUCCGUCGUGCAAGGACUCCAUGUCCUCCAGAAAGACAGCCAUCAGAUCACCCUCGGCGGUGUCGGUUGCGGACCAUGACGAUGCGAGAUCCGUGGCCUCGACCAGCGGCAGCGAUCCGGUACCACCGUUGACCCGUCCGGCGUCUUCCGCUUCCUCGUCGGACGCUACAUUGGGCACAAGCAUGGCCAGCAGCAUCCUGGGCGACGGAUAUCUGCUCGAUGCAUCUCAGGACGGGACCUUGACACUGCCGGAUCGAUACCAAGAGGAUGCGGAUUUGCUUUGUCCUUUCCAGAUACUCGACUGUUCCGAGGUCUUUGCGGACAUAGUCCCGUUCAAGAUGCACGUGUUCUCGCACUUCCGGGGACACGAGCUGCCCACAUUCGCAUCCUGUUUUCUCUGCGACAACAAGUAUUACCAGUUGCCGGACGACGACCCGGCGCUCGCCUGGAACAACAUGCUAUCGCACAUGGUUCAUGACCAUUUCCGAAACGGUCAACAGCUUGCCACGGUAAGGCCCGAUUUCACUCUCAUGCGGUGGAUGUACUGCAAGAGAAUCAUCAAUGAAAUCCAGUACAAGCGGACGCAAAUGGGUCCGGUGUCCAUGCAGAUCCCCGCCGCAAUGAGCCUGAGAAGACAUUUCAGGAAUAUCCCCGACCUACCGCAAGCACCUUCCGCCACACCGCCGCCCGCGGUCAUGGCACACAUGACUCGAUCGGCGAGCUAUCAAAACGAGGCAUUCGUCAUCAACGCUGGAAGAAGGUCCGAGAGACGUCGUCUCGACGCUACUCGAACCAUGGGUCGAGCUCAGAGUUACAGCCGUUGAUUCAUUAUUCGAGGAGACCAAAUUUUUUCCUUUGGACGAAAAUGAAAGAUAUUUCCAGCAAGCGAGCACUGAUUCUCAUGGUGCCAUUUCAUUAGUACCGGCAUGCCAUUAGGUUGUUUUGUGUUUUCACAGGCGUUUGAUGAUGAUGCAUCUUUCCGACAACAAGGGAUUUCUAUUGUGAAUGUGAUGACUCCAAAUUGAUUUCUGCAGGCAAGGUGGUCAAUCAAGGUCUGCGUGCUUCAUGCCAUAAAGACGUCGGUAUGUGUUGGCUCUUUUGUGCAGCAUAUUGGUCCAGUGCUCCGGAAGCAAUCGAAGCAAGGAGAUGGCUGCAUUUGGUCUUACAAUUGUAUCAUUCUUGCUUCUGUACUUGAUGCAAAAUUUGGCCGGGCUUGAUACCGGUCCAGGACCAGGAAAUACGCUGCGUCCGAAUAGUUCACAACAAGUGUCUGUAUCAAUUAGAGAGAGC